UGCUGGUGACACUUGCCAUGGAAAACGUUCCGGACCCUACUUUCCCAGACACACCUAUUCGCCCCUAGCGAGCCAGGCGUUGGCUGAGAAGAGCAGUGCCUGAGCCUGCGCAGCCGAGGAACCCGCCCAGCCCGCCAAUGGGCGGGGAUAAGUCGGCUACGCUCGGGAAGCCGCUUCGGCCUGCCCCAGUGAACGUGUCGGGAGAGGGGUGCGUCGCAAAAAGUCGCGGUGGAACUUGCCUACGGUAUACAGGCUUGUCGCUUUACGGUUCCAGGCACUGCUGAGCUGGGAGAUGUCGGCUGCGGGCCUUGUGGAGCCCUUGGGUCCUCCCAGCAGCUUUGCGAAGCGGGUACUGGUGACCGGGGGUGCUGGUUUCAUUGCAUCACAUGUGAUUGUCUCUUUAGUAGAAGAUUAUCCAAACUAUAUGAUCAUAAAUCUAGACAAGCUGGAUUACUGUGCAAGCUUGAAGAAUCUUGAAACCAUUUCGAGCAAACAAAACUACAAAUUCAUACAGGGUGACAUAUGUGAUUCUCACUUUGUGAAACUGCUUUUUGAAACAGAGAAAAUAGAUAUAGUACUCCAUUUUGCUGCACAAACGCAUGUAGAUCUUUCAUUUGUACGAGCCUUUGAAUUUACGUAUGUUAAUGUUUAUGGCACUCACGUUUUGGUAAGUGCCGCUCAUGAAGCCAGAGUGGAGAAAUUUAUUUACGUUAGCACAGAUGAAGUAUAUGGAGGCAGUCUUGAUAAGGAAUUUGAUGAAUCUUCACCCAAACAGCCUACAAAUCCUUAUGCUUCAUCUAAGGCAGCUGCUGAGUGUUUUGUACAGUCUUACUGGGAACGAUAUAAAUUUCCAGUUGUCAUCACAAGAAGCAGUAAUGUGUAUGGACCACAUCAAUACCCAGAAAAGGUUAUUCCAAAAUUUAUAUCUCUACUACAGCACAACAGGAAAUGCUGCAUUCAUGGAUCAGGGCUUCAAACAAGAAAUUUUCUUUAUGCUACUGAUGUAGUGGAAGCAUUUCUCACUGUCCUCAAAAAGGGGAAACCAGGUGAAAUUUAUAACAUUGGAACCAAUUUUGAAAUGUCAGUUCUCCAGCUUGCCAAAGAACUAAUACAUCUGAUCAAAGAGACCAAUUCAGAAUCUGAAAUGGAAAACUGGGUUGAUUAUGUUAAUGAUAGACCUACCAAUGAUAUGAGAUAUCCAAUGAAGUCAGAAAAAAUACAUGGUUUAGGAUGGAGACCUAAAGUGCCUUGGAAAGAAGGAAUAAAGAAAACAAUUGAAUGGUAUAGAGAGAAUUUUCACAACUGGAAGAAUGUGGAGAAAGCAUUAGAACCCUUUCCAGUACAGCCACCGUUUGUAUAGUCAGGACAGUUUUUGGAAAAAGAAGAAAAUUAUCCUACCUCGACAACUGAUAUGUAAUCAAGGGACCAAAUGAAGGGACCAAUUUUCAUUCGGAAUUAGAUUUGUGACUUUUUGUACAAAAUUCAAAUGCAAUAUGCCUCAAUCUUUAGAAGAGUUUUAGUAUGAGCAUAGGAUUUAACUUUCAAAAUUCUUUCAAAAAACUUUUCUCCUGACAAUUAGGAACCAGUAGAGAUAGAAAGACUCUUCCAUAGGAGUGGACUGGGAGGGGCGAUCUCCUGGUUCUCAGAACAAGGACAGUAGCAGCUCUGGGCAGCCUACAGCUCUGCUGCAUUGAGCUCAGUCAGCUUCCCACCUUUCCCAUCUCCCAGAAGGUCUCUAAGUUUUCAGUUUUAGUCAAUAUAGGAUAAGCCUAUGCCCUCGUUCUAUGAAGGUAUGGUAUUGUGCUACAAUUGCUUUAAAAAUGGAACAAAGUCGAAGCACUUUUUAACUUUUGAUAAUUUUGUAAAACUGAUUAAGUUAAAUGUUUUUUAAAGAAGGACAUAGUUUUUGUAUUUUCAUAAUCAGUCAUUUAACUAUGUAUAACCUUGUAUCAGAAAAAUGUCAUCAUGUAUUUACUGUUUAAAGUGAUUUUAUUUAUAAAAUUAUCGGUAUUUUAAUGUAUUUAAUAUAGAGCAUCGCUUUUUUUAGUAAUGUAGAUUUUUAUUUCACUGUAGAAAAACAUUUAAAAUACUUGAUUAUGUAUUUUGACUUUAAGAUAAUUUGAAAAAGUAACUGAUUGGAUACUGCGUUCAGAAAGGGGGGAGAGUCAAAGGUGAUGCCCAGCUUUCUGGCGACAGUGCAUGACUGAUGGCUCGUUCUCUCUGUGAAGUGGGAAGCAAGGUCAGUGACUCAGAGGUGGCUGAGGGCGGGAUAGGAAUAGAGUGAGGAUCUUGGGGCUGUGGAGAUUGGGAAAAGAGUAAGCAGAUCCAAAAUUAGAGGAUGUGCCAAACAGGAGUGAAGCACAAACUGAAGUUGAACACUAACUUCAGAAUUCUGAGAUGUGUAGAAAUAGUUAGAUUGAGCUAGAAUAGGACACAGUACGAAUCAGGAGGGACAGAAGGGCCAGAGCGUGAGAUUAGCUGCAGCGUUGCUCCAUGGGUCUUAGUUGUGUAGCGAGAAAAUGCGUCUUGGAGGUAGCCUGUAGCUCUAGAGAAAAUGGAGACAGGGAGCAGGCAUAAGGGAGGGAGGUGAGCGCUCAGGGAGGCUAGGAAGUUACAGGCAGAAAAUGGGACCAACUGAGAGCAAAUGAUCUUCGGUGGAAUUUGGUCAUUGAAGGUAGAUGACAAAAUAAAAGCACUGUGUCAUUU